AUGGCACGCCCCCUCCUCUCUCGCAAAACAGACCUCUGCCUACUCAUCUUCUUCUGCCUACACACCUUUUUCGUCAUUGGAGUCGACUGUCUCGAGCUGUACCCUGCGGCCGUACACUCUUACCCACCGUUUCCUCAUUUACUGCAACUGCGUCAAUUUUAUAUCGAUACAUAUCAGGAUAAGUUUCUGUCUGCGGCAGUGCCCGAUCAGCAGCCAUGGUUUGUCGCGUGUACGUGGAUGGAGUUUUUGUAUCAUGUGCCGACGUGUGUUUGGGCGGUUUGGGGGUUGUAUCGCGAACACGCACUCGUCCCCCUGGCCCUGCUGCCCUGGGCCGUGCAGACGUUUGUCACUACGCUGCUGUGUGUAGUUGAGUUGUGGAAUUGGGAGGAUCGCACGACGGAGAUCAAGUGGGCGUUGACGGGCUGCUAUGGGCCGUAUUUGGUUGUUUCGGCGUGGGUUGCGAGUGUCAUGUAUGGACGUCUGAAAGAGGCAUUGUUGCUGCAGAGACAGCAGCAGGUCAAGGCCAAGGGGCAGUAA